UAACAUCGAGUUCAGGGAUGCGUAUUUUGCAAAGACUUUUAGACCGAGCCGAGACGCUCCUUGAAGAUGAAACAACGUUGGGGUAUAGUUUUAUUUACAAAAUAACACAUCAUUUUGUAGAUAAUCCUAAACUAAUUCCUUUCCUUGAUUUUAGACAAUCGCUAACAAGACGUCAAAUUACUCUUCUCAAAAUACUUGAUUCCAAACUUUUUUCCUCGGAUUCAACGGAUAUUUCCCUUUCUUCAUGUGCUCAUCUUUCGCAGAUUUUUAAUACAAUAUGUCCACAAGUAAUUGUUUCAAUGCAACAAGUCGGUAUUGACGAUCAAGAAAAUCAACCUCAAGAAAUUGAAAAUACAAGUAUAUUAUUUACGGGAUUAGUAUUGUUAUUACGAUGUUUUGGCAUAUUAAGUCAAGAUGGAAAUAAUAAAAUACGAGAAUGUCUAUUUAAAGGAGGAAUAAUUGAAUCAA